UUUGUUACGUUACAGUUUAGUUCAUUAGUUUGCUGCGAGUACUUUAGGCAUUAUGUAUUUUUUUAUAUUUAUCGUGUCGUUUUUACUUUUAAUAAUAUACGCUGUUAAAAAGAAAGAUUCAGAACCGAUAUUCGGUGUAUACUCUGUGCCCGGCAAAUGGUAUUAUUUAAAGUAUAUUGUUUUCGCGUGCAUUUAUUAUUUUCGUAAGUACGGGAAAAGCCAUGCAGCGGGAACAGAGGGACGCGCGGGGCAGGGGGUGAAAGCACUCGCGGAUCCCGCCGCCAUGGACUGCGCGCAGAUGCUCAGUGACCAUGCUAAGGCAUUCGACGCGAUUUUCUUUAUAUCGGCGACACGGGACGAGAACGACAAGGGUAUUUACGUGAUCUCUGGAUGCGAGCGUCGCUCUAUGGGCAUGUGUAAUGGACUCUUUUAUAUCGGGUUACCGGGCAAAGGUCUUCUAUGCAGCAAGAAGAUACCGGACACGGUGCUGUUCGGUGCACCGAUUGGUGAGUUCUCAGCUGAGGGUAUUAAGAUGGAGCCCCUGGAGCCGAUGAAGAAAUGGGCCCUGUCGUACAAGGGGAAGAUGUGGUACCAGAACGAGCCCACUAAAUUAGUGGACGUGGAAUUCACCGGUGAGUGGUCAGCCACCAGUAAAUACUUCGAUUUCGACACAGACCUGUACCCGCCCGCCAUCAUCAGGUCCAUCGCGAGAGAGAAGUGGAGUCGACAGUAUUUUGAAGGACUUAAGACAGCGCAUCAGUCUCACUACGAGCAGUUCGGAGUACUUAAAUGCAAGUUCAAAAUCGAGCAGGAAUCCUUCGAGUACACGUUGCCUUCCUUCAGGGACCACAGUUUUGGUCACAAGCGCGACUGGAGCCUGAUGCACCGGUACGCGUUCCACCACAUGUUCCUGACGGACGGCACCAGCAUCAGCGUCGGCGUCAUCUGCCAGCCGCUCACUGCAUCCACUAUGGAGGCAGGAGUAGUGGCAUUACCUAAUGGAGAACUGCACCCGGUGCAGUGGGUAGACCUGCAGCUGUACCAGCACGGGGAGGGAGGCACCGCACCUAGAGAUUACGCUUUCAGGUUCCAAGCUGGACACAAAGUCUAUACUGCACAGGUGAUUGUGGAGUACGAAUCAGUCCACUACGUGUCUAGUGAGUGGGAGGCGCGUAUGGUGGAGCGCUUCUGUAGGUUCACUGUGAACGGUGUCGCGGGUCGGGGGGUCUCUGAGUUCCACUACAGACAUACAGACGGACGGCCUGAUAGUGUCGCUAACAACGAUCCAGAAUGGUACAGGAAAAUGUGCCAUAAAGUCUAGAAUAUAAGUAUGUUUGUUGUAUUCAUAUAAGACUUAAUUUCAAAUAAUUUUAUUUUAAUAAUUAAAAGUGAUCAAAUUAAGAUAGUCCAUAUUGAUAAAAAAUAUACACUCGAAAUGCUUACAAAUUAUUUGUUUUUAGGGUUCCUUACCUCAUGGGAAAAAAAUGGAACCCUUAUAGGAUCACUUUGUUUUGUAGAAAGAAAUAAUUUGUAGACAUAUCUAAAUCUAUUCAAACUUUAGUGAGACAUUAUAAUAAACUGAUAUAAAAACGGCUAAACACUCACGUAUAUUCGUCCGGUGGCGGCACCGACUAG